UUCCCCUCUCUCCGUUUUCCUUUUUGCCUUUACCUCCCCUCUGUCCCUUCUCCCGAUAUGCUGGAUGCUCUGGAGUCCUUGGUUUCUCUGGCGAAGGAACGGCCGUCGGAUCUGGAGCUUCCUUCGUCCUCUGGUGUAGCCGCGAGGUAGUAGCGGCGGAGUCGGUGGUAAAGGUCGGUUUUUUAGGGUUUGUUAGAGGGUUUCGGUUUUCCUGGUUUGGACCCUCUUCGUGUGUGACGGCGGCGCAUGGAGGAGCUCGUUUCGGCUCGCGUUGAAGAUCCGGUGUGCAGUGUUCCAGAUCUGCUUUUUUCUGGUCUUUGGUGAGCGUCUCUCGGAUUCUGGAUUGUCGACAUAUCCUCGGCGUCUUGGUGUGUCUCAUCCUUUUUUCCAGAGACAGGAGAGCUUCGGAGGUCCCAUUACCUCGAGGUGUGUGGUUCUGGUUAUCAGCCUUAGCGUGGUGCGAGGGUUGGUGGUGGUCUCACAUGGAGGUUAGAUGUGUUGCGACUGGGAUUUGCCGUCUAUGGCCUCUCCUGUCCAGCUUUGUCGAGUCUCCCUCUCUUCUGUCAAUUCCUCUUCCUGGUUUCGUGGCCAGUGCUCCGUUUGAAGCGUACCGGUUUGUUUCAGCGGAGGUUGCUCUCUUCUCUCAUCGUUUUGUACAGUUCGGUUCCGUUUUCCACCGGUUCCGGCGUUUGACGAUUAUAGGUUACCUCUCUUCGGUUCUCGAAGGAGGCAUAGGGUGGAGCGGUUGGUCUAUUCACGUGGUCCGUGGGUUUGAUCGACUCUUCAGUGGUUCCCUUUGGUGAUUCAACAAUCCCAGUGCUGUGUCUCAUCAUUUGAUUGGUCAUGGUGUGUUGGUUCUCUAAUCCUUUUCAGGUCAUGUGAGCUCUGUGGUUCUCGACGUUGCGGCUGUCUCGAGCCCGGCUUUUUGCUUGUUUGCUUCCAUUGUUAUUAUCGGAUUCAUGCUUCAUCUCCAAAGAAUGGUCUUUCGGCUGAUGGGUUCGGAGGUGACCUUCGUGAUUCUUCGGGUUUGAGCUUGGGUGAGCGAGAUAGGUCAGUUGGGGAUGGCGGUUCCCCUCAACGGUGCGGUCCGUCUCAAUCUCUCGGGUCUCGGUCUCGGCUGAAGAAAGAAGUGUCGCGUAAGCCUUAAUUCUGUGUGUUGGCGUCUCUUUAGAGAAGGAAGUGAAGAUAGAGUUGUCGGCUUCACUCAGGUGUAGUCGGCGUCGUUGGCCGCAUAGAGGAUCUACGGUAGUGACAAGGGACUGGGUCCGGUCCUUUGAGCCUAGAUUUUUUUCCCUCCCACUGUUUCAUCAUUUACUUUUCCAUGUACGUUAUUGAUAAGCCUAAUCUAUUAUUGAGGUCUACUGUUUCUCCGUCGGUUAGCCGGAGGCCUGUUCCGGUGCCUUUUACGGUUUGUUUAAAAAAAAACUGUAAUUUUAGGAAAAAAACAAAAAAAAUUAUCCGAACCAAACCCGAACCUAAAUAGAUACCUGAUAGAACCUGAAACAUUCAAAAAUUUCCAAAAAAAAACUUGUACCAAAUAUGAUCUCAAUUCCUAAUAUGUAUUCAAAAUAUAUCGAACAUCUAAAAUAAUUAUCUAUUAUAUGAAGAUUGAUGGUUGAAGGUGGUGGUUGAAGGUUGAAGUUUUCAGAUUUUGGUUUUGUUUUCAUUGAAUAAUGUUUUUCAUUUUAUGAGAACUUGGUUUUCGUUUUAUACUUUCAUUUAUUUGGUUUUCUUUCGAUCAAUAAUUAUGUUUACCUUUUACUUGAUUUUGGAUAAUCACAUUUGAUGUUCCUUUCUUUUUUUUGAACCGAUUUUAUUUAUGUUUUGGUUACAAAAUAGGUACAAAUAAUGUAUUUUAAAACCGAAGAACCGAUUUUACUUACUUUUUGGUUACAAAAUAGAUAUAAAUCAUGUAAAUUUAAACCGAAAAACCGAUUGGGACCCGAACCCGAAAGUACAUUGAGUUAUACCGGUUCUUUGAAGAUUUACUAACCCCGACCCGAAUCCGACAGAAUCUGAACCGGUCCGGAACCGAAUUUUUAUAUAACCCGAGCCGAAAAACCGAGACCCGAUUAAACUAAACCGAAACCCGACUGGGACCCGAAUGCCCAGGCAGUGAUGAAGUGAUGGGAGCGUUGAGAGAGAUUUGGACCCCGAAGUGAUGGGAGCGUUGAAACCCGAUCUAAUCGAUGAAGUGAUGGGAGCGUUGAAAGAGAUGAACAUAGAGGUUCCUACUGAGAUUCAGUGUAUAGGAGUACCUGCUGUUAUGGAACGCAAGAGCGUCGUCUUGGGCUCCCACACUGGCUCCGGCAAGACUCUUGCCUACUUGCUUCCUAUUGUUCAGUUGUUGCAGCUGAUGAGAGAAGAUGAGGCAUCUCUGGGUAAAAUAACAAAGCCUAGGCGUCCUAGGACCGUUGUUCUUUGUCCGACCAGAGAACUGUCUGAGCAGGUUUACCGUGUGCCAAAGUCUGUAAGCCACCACGCGAGGUUCAGAUCUAUAUUGGUUAGUGGUGGUUCUCGGAUUAGACCACAGGAGGAUUCUUUGGACAAUGCAAUAGACAUGGUUGUUGGAACCCCUGGUAGUUUUCUUCAGCAUAUCGAAGAAGGAAACAUAGUCUAUGGAGAUAUUGCAUAUCUGCAGGUGCUAGAUGAGGCCGACACUAUGUUUGAUCGUGGUUUUGGUCCCGACAUUCGCAAGUUCCUUGCCCCAUUGAAACAGCGUGCGUUAAAAACAAAUGACCAAGGAUUUCAAACCGUUUUGGUGACUGCCACUAUGACAACGGCAGUUCAGAAGCUAGUGGAUGAGGAGUUUCAGGGGAUAGAGCAUUUGCGAACAUCAACAUUGCAUAAAAAUAUAGCAAACGCUCGGCACGACUUUGUCAAGCUUUCAGGUAGUGAAGAUAAGCUAGAAGCACUUCUCCAGGUUCUUGAACCUAGCCGCGCCGUUGACCACUAUCUUUCAGAGAACCAGGUCUCCACCGUGAAUUAUCACGGUGAAGUUCCAGCAGAAGAGAGGGUUGACAACUUGAAAAAGUUCAAGGACGAAGAAGGAGACUGUCCCACGCUUGUUUGCACAGAUUUGGCUGCGAGGGGCCUGGAUCUUGACGUCGAUCAUGUUAUCAUGUUUGAUUUUCCAAAGAACUCUAUUGACUACCUUCAUCGCACUGGAAGAACAGCUCGCAUGGGUGGUAAAGGAAAAGUGACGAGUCUUAUAAGCAGGAAGGACCAAAUGUUAGCAGCGAGAAUUGAUGAAGCUAUGAGAAACAACGAGAGCUUAGAAGCACUCACCAACGAUAACGUGAGGAGGGAUUCUGCAAGAACCCAAAUCACUCAAGGUAAAGGAAGGAACCUUAAGCAGAUCAGAGCAGUGAGCAAGCAACGGAACUCCAGAGAAAGAUGAGGAACAUCAUCAUCAUCUCCUCCUGCAAGAUCACCUGUGAGAAAGUCUACUUCAGUGAGAAAGUCUACUUCGGUUUCAAAACCAGGAAGAGCAUCAUCUCCUCCAGAAAAAUCCACAAAGCCUAAAAGAAAGAUAUUAAAGACGGUUGGAUCCAGAUCGAUAGCUGCGAGGGGGAAGAAGGGUUCUUCAGAAAGAACAGGUAAGAAACUAAAUGUUGUUGGAUUCAGAGGUCGGUCUUCUGUGGCUAGACCAUCUUCUUGAUUGCGUUAACUUAGAGCAUCUCCAACCCAUUGCUAUUUUCACCUCUAUAAUAGCAUUUAGAGGUGAAAUUGCUCCAACCCACCUCUAUUUCUUCCUCUAUAAUAGAGAUUUCUAUUUUUUUCCUCUAUUUAUAGAGGAAGAAAUAGCAUUUCUCUAUUUUUUACUCUAUAUUUUAGAGAUUGCUAUUUUAGGGGAAUACAUUGGAGCAUAUCUCACCUCUAUUAUAGAGUUCCUCUAUUUUAAAGGUGAAAAUAGCAAAAUACAUUAGAGAUGGUCUUAGAAGUCAGUAUGAAUACAAAAGCGUUUAAAAUGAAUCAUAUUGAGAGACCAAUGAUUCUUUCUUUCUUUCUACGAAUUCCAUGGGGUUGUGUAUUCUAAUGGGUUUGGAAAUACAAACUAAAUCCAGUUUUAUUCUUUUUGGAUUUGGAGUUUCGGAAUUUGAGAUCCAAAUUCAGUGUUAUUUCUUCUAUGAUAGUAAAAUCUACGUUAAAAUCAUUGUUAUUAGUUUUUUAUAAACUUCAAUUCCUGGCUAGUUCGUCGUAACUUUACGAAGAAACAUUUACGUGUUUUUUACGAAGAAAUGAUUUACGUGUUCUUUACGACAAAAAUGUUUAUGUGUUUUUUACGAGGAAACAUUUACGUGUUUUUUUACGAGGAAAUGAUUUACGUGUUCUUUACGACGAAAAUGUUUAUGUAUCUUUUACGAGGAAACAUUUAACAUGGUUUUACGAAUAAAUGUGUAACGUCGCUUUUACGACGAAUGUAUCGACCCCACUUUACGACGAAAAUAUUUUCUCGUAAAGUUACAACGAACUAGCGAGGAAAUUUGUGUUACGACAAACGUUUAACGACGAAACGGCUUUCGUAGUUAAUUCCUCGUAAACCCUAUUUUACGACGAAAUAACUACGGAAACCGUCAUCGUUAAAAUUGUGUUUUCUUGUAGUGAAAUUAGAAAAUCAAUAAUAACUAAACUUUUUGAAUAACAAGAGAUUUGAAUGGAUUUUAAAAAAUUUUAAACUAAUUACAAUAGAUUCUAUUAAGAUUUUUGAAAUCUAAGAACCAAUAACAUUGGAAUCUCAACAAUUUCAAAGUUCAUGAGAAUUAAUUUACCAAUAACCUCCUACGUAAAGAACUAUAACACAAAGCAUACUAGAGACUAUCACUACAAAUAUAUGUGUUUUUACAAUAAAUUUUUAACUUACAAAUGGUUCUCUAAACAGAACAAUCAACAAGUUUAAGAACACCUUGACUUGUUAAGCUAGCCUCAUUAAGAUGGAAUACAAUAUCUUAGAACUUCUCUCCUUAUCUCUUUGUGUUUUCACGCACUUUACAAGCUAUCAAAACUCACUUAUGCCAAGAAUACAAUUUUGUGUGAUCACCUAGUUCUUGCUGCAAAAUCCUCCUACUUAUACAAGGUAUGAAACCGACUAACCCUAGUUUUCCAUAGAGACAUUCACAAAUAUUUCAAAUUAGAAUAUUUCCUAAAAUUUUACUAAGUCUUUGGAAAAUCUUCCAGACUAAUUUUUCCCUUCUUCAAAAUAAAUAUUUUUCUGUGCCUCCAAGUAACCUUCAGCAGCUCUAUCUCGGUUUCUGUUCCAGUUUCCAAUUCAACCACUCAGUUAUAUCUCCAUCACUGCAUUGGUACCAGAUAAUGAUGCACUUUCAACUGAUAAAGUUUUUGUUUAGAAUUUUGCAUCUUCAAUCAUGAUGGAAGCUAUUCCACUUUUUUCAUUAAACCAUGCUUUUAUAUUUCUUUCAAAAUAAAAUUGAUGACAUAUAAUAAAUAUUUUUUAAAAAAAUUGUAUUAUCUAAAUAUACUCAAUUUUGAAAACAAAAAAAAACAUCUCCACCUAAGUUGCAUAAAAUUGAAAAUGGAUAUACGGAAGAAAAAUGUUUUGAAACGUGAAAACAUGAUUUUAAUUUUUUUUAAAUAAAAUGUUAUAGAAAUGCCUAUAAAUAUACUUUUUAUUUAUGUACACACUACAAUUUAAUUUGUGAGUUCAAUUAUCUUUAUCUGAAAGAGAAAACCAGUAAUAAGAGAAUAUUUUUUUGUAGAUUCUAUAUUUUUUUUUAACAAAGAGUAUAAGUCGAAGUAUGUCCUUCUAUAAAAUUUAUUAAAACAACAAAUAAAUUCUUAUAUUAAUUAAUUUUAUUUUUAAAGAGUUUCUUUCUAAUUUAUAAAAUGAAAAUAUAAGUUUUCAUCGCAUUACCAAAAUAAAAAAACGUAUUUAUAUUCGAUUUACAUGGCUACUAAUCGGUUUUUAUCGGGUCGGAUCUAUUCGAAUCGGUUCUUUUCGGGUCCGGAUCUAUUCGGGUCGGUUUCUUUUGGUUCCGGUUCUUUCGAUAAAAGAAAUUUAGAUCCAAAAGAUACUUGUAAAUUUUUGGUUCGGUUCUGGGUCAAGUAUUCUUUGGUCGGUUCCGGUUCGGGUUUUUGGGUCCAGGUUAAAAUGCCCAAGCCUAAUAUAUAUCUAUAUUUCCACACAAAAAAAAAGUGAUUCCUAAACGUUUUGAAACAUCAAAACUUUCCGGACUAUACCAUCAACCAAAUUUCCUGCGAUCUAGAUGUCCACCCUAACACGAUAGUCAACCAAGCCAUUAUUUAAAGAAAGAAUUACAUUGAGAGGCAGUUUAUGAGUUUUAUUAACACAAUAAGACAAUUAUUACUACUCAAACACUUUUUUCUAACUAAAUCUCAUUUUCAUUCGAAAACUAACUAAAUAACAUUGACAGCUAAUACUCAUUACACUAACUAAAAUAAAGUGGGACCAUGUAACCUUCUUCUUCCUCUUACCCUUUAUACUUCUCUGUAAUUUUCGAAAAUGAAAUCUGAUUCUUCCAAAUUCAUUUUUCCAGAGAAGUUAUCUUUAAUCAUUGUCUUUUUUCUUAAGCUAUCUUUUGAGAUAUAUGAAGAUACAUGACUGAUGGUGGUGUAGUGAUGAGUUUUCGACGGUAACAUCAACGGUAGAGACGUUGGGGACUCUCGUCUAUACCAUAAACAUCUUCUCGCCACUCUGACUCAUUAUUGCCAUGAAUUAGGAUUGAAAUCUAUCACAUUUGGGUAAAAAUACAUAAAAAACAAGUUAAGAAUGUAAAAAAAUGUGGAAAAUAGGCGAGAUAUGCGGAGAUUAGGGUUUCUGGUUGACAAUGGCUAAGGAAGAAGAUGAAGUUAUUUUUGUAAUUUUGCAACAUUAAUGAAAAAAAUGUCGUGUCUACAUUACAUUCAAAAUGUACAUGUGUACACUUAAUUUUGUAUUAUACAUCAAAGUGAUUGUGUACACAAUUUUGUAUUAUACAUCAAGAAUAUAUAAUAUUGUACAUGCGUACACCAAAUAUUGUACAUAUGUACAUCCAUAAUUGUAUGUCACAUAAACAAAGUCAGAAAUAUAAAACAUA